AUGCCAGCUGGAAACACUCAGGGUUCUGUGAAUAACGCUGGAGCUUUGGCCCCUUUCGUGACUGAGUUGGAUCGAUUGGCACCGAGUUUCGAUGUUCGAGGGGAGCAGAUUCAGAUAAUUCGUACUCCAGCCGAGUUUUACGAAACACUCAAGGAUCGCAUACGAAAAGCACAGCGACGGAUCUUCUUGUCGACGCUGUACAUUGGAAAGUCGGAAAAGGAGCUCAUUGAGACGCUGCAGGAGGCGUUGAGGAAGAAUCCGGACGUCAAAUUAAGUAUUCUUACAGAUGCGCUGCGAGGGACAAGAGAGGCACCUAAUCCAUCGAGUGCAUCGUUACUUGCGCCCCUGGUCGAGGAGUUUGGAGCAGACCGUGUAGAAAUUCGAAUGUAUCACACGCCGAAUCUCACUGGAUUGAGGAAACAGUAUAUCCCCAAGAGGAUAAAUGAGGGCUGGGGACUUCAGCACAUGAAGCUUUAUGGUGUUGAUGAUGAGAUCAUCAUGGCAAAUCUGUCGACUGAUUACUUUACCAACCGUCAAGAUCGAUAUCAUCUCUUUGCUUCAAAGGCGGUGACUGAUCACUUUUGGAAGAUCCAUUCAGGGGUUACAUCCUUUAGCUUCUUGGUUCAACCUUCAACAGAACCAGCGGGUUUCACACUCUCAUGGCCAGAGAACAACUCUGCUCCUUCACCACUGGAGAAGCCCCAGUCUUUUAUCAAGAGCACUACAUCGACGCUCCAGACUCUGUUACAUCCGACAGCCAAGCCUGAGAAUGAGAUUUCUGAUACACGAGUUUACAUGCUUGGGCAAAUGUCCCAGGUCAUGAAACCAGAUACUUCAACUGAGCUCCCCGUCAUUACACAUAUCCUCAAGACUCUCGCUUUGCCCGCAUAUCGUGAGUCCUCAUGGACCUUUACAGCGGGCUACUUCAACCCCGCUCCCUCUCUGACAAAACUCCUCCUCAACACUGCCUCUACUUCCAACACCGUCAUCGCAGCUUCUCCUGAGGCAAACGGUUUCUACAAGUCGAAAGGCGUCUCGGGUCUCCUCCCUGAUGCAUACACUCUCCUCGCUCGCCGUUUCGUUCAUCGCGUACACCACCAAGGCCGUGAUGACGACAUCACAUUGAAGGAAUGGCGUUAUGGUGUCGUUGGUCAGCCUGGUGGAUGGACAUAUCACGCCAAGGGUCUCUGGGUGACAAUUCCAGGUGACAAGAACCCCGCUAUGAGUAUUAUCGGAAGUUCCAACUAUACUAAACGAAGCUACUCUCACGAUCUCGAAGCGGGUGCUUUGAUCGUAACCCGCGAUGAAGGACUCAAGGGGAGACUUGGAGAGGAGCAGCUAUGGCUGCAGGAACAUGCUACCAAGGCAACGCGAGAUGACUUUGCCCGCACUGAACGAAGAGUUGGGCUCAAAGUCAGAGUUGCCAUGUGGAUUGUUUCGCUUGUCGGCGGAGCAUUGUAG